GUGCACUUAGAAGAACACCAAGUCCUAUUUCUGUGCUGAAAGUGUUACGCCUGACAGUUUGAACAAUAGGAAUUGGAAUCUAAUGCUGACAUGGGAGAAAUUACAAAAACUCUGCUAGAAGCUAUUACAAGCUCUUUUUGGUCUUGGUUGCCUCAGGAUUUCUAUCAGAUUUGUCAGCUGACAGUUAUUUUGAGCCUCACUUAUGUAGUCCUGAAAUUCAUGAAACUUUAUCAACACAAGCAGUACCUGAUCAAAGUGCUCAGAUGUUUCCCAGGACCUCCCAGCCAUUGGCUUUAUGGACACAUCAAAAUGAUGACACCAGAAGAAGAAUUCCUAAAUGUUGAAUCAUGGACAAAAAAAUAUCCGCAUUGUCAUCCAAUAUGGUAUGGAGGAUUCUUAGUCUUCCUAAACAUCAACCACCCCGAAUACGUGAAAGCAAUAUUUAGCAGAAGUGAUCCUAAAUCACUUGUUGUAUAUGACUUCCUAGUUCCAUGGAUCGGAAAGGGCUUACUGAUACUGAAUGGGCCGAAGUGGCAGCAGCACCGGAAGCUGCUGACUCCAGGGUUCCAUUAUGAGGUGUUGAAGCCAUAUGUUUCUCUAAUGACAGACUCAGUCAAAGUGAUGCUGGACAAAUGGGAAAAAUUGGUCCUGAAAGACACCAAAACAUCAGUGGAAUUGUUUGAACAUGUCAGCUUGAUGACUCUUGACAGCAUCAUGAAAUGCGCCUUCAGUUACGAAAGCAAUUGUCAGACAAACAGUGACAAUUUCUACAUUAAAACUGUGUAUGACCUCUGCUUCAUGAUGUAUCAAAGAAUGAAGACACCUCUUUAUCAUAAUGACCUUGUUUACUGGUUCACUUCAGAAGGACGUCAGUUUCACAAAGGUUGCAAACUAGCUCAUCUUCACACAGAUAAAGUAAUAAGAGAGAGGAAAGAAUCUCUCAAGAAUGAGCGAGAACUUGAAAAAAUCCUGAAGAAGAGGCGUCUGGACUUUCUGGACAUUCUUCUUUGUGCAAAGGAUGAAAAUGGAAAUCUGUUAUCCAAUGAAGACCUGCGAGCGGAAGUGGACACAUUCAUGUUUGAAGGUCAUGAUACUACAGCUAGUGGAGUCUCUUGGCUUCUGUAUUGUAUGGCCCUGAAUCCUGAACAUCAGCAGAGAUGCAGAGAGGAGAUACAAGAGCUUCUUGGGGAACAGGAAACAAUUCAAUGGGAUCACCUGGGAAAGCUGACUUAUACCACUAUGUGUAUUAAAGAAAGUCUUCGCAUUUACCCUCCUGUACCUAUGAUAGCUCGAGAAUUAGAGACACCAGUGACAUUUACUGAUGGACGAACCUUACCAAAAGGGUUUCUGGCUCUACUGUAUAUUUAUGCUCUUCAUAGAAAUCCUGAGGUUUGGGACAGUCCUGAGGUCUUUAAUCCUCUAAGGUUCUCCCCAGAAAAUUCAGCUCAUCGUCAUCCAUAUGCUUUCCUUCCUUUUGCUGCUGGAGCAAGGAAUUGCAUUGGACAACAGUUUGCCAUGAAUGAGAUGAAACUGGCUCUUGCCUUGACACUUCUGCGGUUUGAACUUUCACCUGAUCCCUACCACCCCCCCAUUCCCAUUCCGCAGGUUAUCACACGAUCUAAGAAUGGGAUCUUUGUUAAUCUGAAGAGACUCUCUACUGAUGCAUGAUACUACCCUAGUGCUAUAUAUUGUCAGGCAUCCUACAUAUUAUUAUUAUUAUUAUCUGAUAUAUCAUUGUAUCAUAUAUAUCUUUAUGAUAAACUCUUAACCUGGCUGGGGGAAAAAUCUGUCCUGGGUAUUGAGCAGGUUGGUUUUAGAAGAGGGAUGUAUUACAUUACAUCGGGGCACGAGGAAAAACAAAACCCCAAGGGUAAAUAUUAAAACUAUGUCUAGAGCAUCAAAACAGGGUGCUUAGCUUCACCGGAUCUCUUUCUAUACUAUAAGGCAACCACUUUAGCAUCACUUGUCAGACAUUAUAACUCUGACUCAGAUAUUGAUUGGAUGUGGAUUGAGGAGGGAUCAACAAAGGGUCAAAAAUUUCAAGCUUUGCUUUGGAGGAGUAACCGUAAACUUUUUAAUGCUAAAGGUAUCUCACCCUUUCUA